AUGAAUUCUAAUAGAUCCUUGUUUGGUACGCCAUGUACAUCUGAAAACAAUAUCCGCACAUCUAGUUCUUUGGCUCCUGGUGAUCGUAUUUUAUUUGUCAAAUGCUCUAUGGUAUUGAUUGAGACCCAGAGCGACGUGGAAGUCUCGAAGGAUAUUACUUUUUUUUUGCGUGCCAUUCAAGAAGACAAGAACUUUGAUAUCAGACAAUUUAUCAAUCGCAAUUUUUUUGCCGAGGUGUGGCUCAAACUGACUCGGUUUGCUCGAGGAAGAGCUGCCGGAAGAACUGCAGCGACUCUUGUAUUCAUUGAGGAUUAUCUUCAUGACUAUUUACAGGCCUCUAAUUUUUUCCCACCAGGUUUUUGUUAUGGUCAGCAAGUAUCUUUAAUCGAAGGAGCAAAGAAUUUUACAGCUUAUAGCAACAAUUUUCAGAUGCGUUUAGGAAAUAAUUUCGGACAUGCUGUUAAACAUCUACUUCGUAUUCGACAAAGACAUGCUGAACUAACUGCUGAUAGAAAACGUGAAGAGAUUGUUCAUCGUCUAUGGAAUUGUGAUAUGGCUGCUUGCUGGAACAUGGUUGAUAUUGUUCGUUCACCUCGUGUUGGAAACGUCAUUCCUCCCCAGAUUUCAACACGUAGAGGCUCUCCGAGACCAACGGAGAAGUGCAAGGACCCAAAAAAAUCAAGUAAACAUUAG